AUGAUUUUUAAUAAUAUUGGGAUACCCAUCCCCAGACAUAACACUAAUGUUUCAUCAUCAACUGCAAGGAACAAUCAGAACAGUGCCAAUUCCAACCACAUUGUCGCAAAUCCAGAUAAUAUUAAUGGUACCACCCCAUUUUUAGUAGGAUCAUUACAACAACAACAGCAGCAGCAGCAACAACAACAACAACAACAACAACAACAACAACAACAACAACGACAACAACCAGAAAAUAAUACCAAUUAUAACAACCUGAAUAAUGAGCAACCAUCAUAUUCCUCUCAAUUACCCUUAGCUCUAUCUUUAUGUCAAGCAAAUGGUGUGCAACCGUAUCAUGUUAAUGAUUUUGACAUGAUCACUAAUGAGGAGUUGUUACCAAGCCAAGUUCCAUUGCCUAUACCACCCAUUAAUGGACCAAGUUCACCGCCUCACACUAGUUCUAGUAUACCUGGUGCUUAUAUCACUUCUGUUACUAAUAACAAUGGAGAAGUCAUCAAUAAUACUUUCCAUGUGUCCACUGCCGGUGCGGACACCCACAAUAAUGGCACUAGCAAUAAAACCAAUAACAACAAAAAGAAAACUAAGAUAUUGUCUAACUUACAUCAUAUAAUUUAUCCACCCUGUUCGGAUUUGAACAUUCAUAGAGAAAAUAUGGUUCUAAACUUUUCUGAAAAUGCGAAAUUGCCCCAUCCUGUUGAUGAAGAAACCGUGAUUAAAAGAAAAGACAAGCAAGGGUUUUUCACUAUUCGAUUAACUCCAUAUUUGGAAAAUCCUGCAGCUGUUAAUAAUAAUGGUGGUAACUAUCACCCGGGUUUAUAUUUUGAGCCUAUCAUUAGACAAGUUGGACCCGAGUCCCAAAUAUUAAUUGGAAGGUAUACCGAAAAAGUGCGUGAAAUAUUAAGUAAACUACCGGAACAGUAUCAUCCAAUAGUUUUUAAAAGUAAAGUUGUUAGCAGGACCCAUGGUUGUUUCAAGGUUGAUAGAUUGGGUAAUUGGUAUAUUAAGGACUUAAAAAGUAGUAGUGGUACCUUUUUAAAUCAUCAAAGAAUUUCACCAGCUGGUACGUUGAGCAAAGAUUUUCUAAUUCAAGAUGGUGAUAUUUUGCAAUUAGGGAUGGACUUCCGCGGCGGUACGGAGGAGAUUUAUCGUUGUGUUAAAAUGAGAGUAGAGCUUAAUAGAUCCUGGAAAAAAACUGCAAAUUCAUUCAACAAAAAGGCGUUAUUAAAAAUGAGAAAAUUGACGAGCUUAAAAGAUGAAGAGCAAGAAGACUGUUCAAUCUGUUUAUCUAAAAUUAAACCAUGUCAAGCUGUGUUUAUGUCUCCUUGUAGUCAUAGUUGGCAUUAUCAAUGUAUUAGAAGGUUGAUUACCACAACUUACCCCCAAUUUAACUGUCCAAAUUGCAAAUGUACCUGUGAUUUGGAAGCUUUAUCGGAUACAGAUGAGUCAGAAGAUGAAAACGAAGAUUCUGCUUCUGAAGAUAAUACAAAUGUUACUGGUAAUCAGAACCCUCACUUAACAUCAUAUGCAAAUAAUAAAUACAAAGAAAACAAUGCCUCUACAAAUAAAUUAUAUAUAGACAAAGAUGGUAACCUAAAUAAAAUAAUGGAAGGAGAUGGUAAUGCUAACAAUGGAGAAUUGCCAGCUCCCAUAAUAGCUCAAAAUUUUUGA